UCAAUAUGUAUAAAUUUAUAAAGGAGGGGUAAAGUAAUAUUUAUUAAUAGUUGAGAGGGGUUUUCGUGUAAUUAACCAUUAUUUUAAUCAGCUGCCCUUUGAUUGGUGUACACUACAUUUCUUUCUAAAAUGUUCAUGCCAAGGUGAAGUAGUCAUCUAGAACAGGUGAAAUUGGGUCAAAGUUAUCUGCCACUUCUACCAAGAAUAAAAUGAGUAAGCAUCACAUGUUUGCCCAGAUCCCACCCCUAAUGGAAUCAAACCAUUCUCUCUCUCUCUCUCUCUCUCUCUCUCUCUCUCUCUCUCUCUCUCAAUAAUUUAGUUUUGUACUAAUACAGAGAUGCUAUGUAUCUAAAAGAUACUCAGAACAGUAGUGUAGAUUUUGUACCUCUGUUUGCUUUGAGUUUUCAAGUGAGUUUUUUUAUCUUUCGUGUUUUGUAACUCCCAUUGAAAUAGUCUAUAAAUACCAAGUCAGAGGUCUAGGAAUCAAGAAAAUAAAGUUGUAUCCUCAAAUUUUACUUUUCCAUCAAGUGCAGACAUGAGAACUCCAUCUGCCUUCUUCCUCCUUUUGUUGCUUUUCUUGUUUGCCAAUUACAGCAAUGCGAGGAACGAUCGAGCAGACUAUUGGAAGAGCAUGAUGAAAGGCGAGCCCAUACCUAAAGCGAUUGAAGAACUUGUCCAUGGAGAUUCAUCUUCGUCUGAGACCAUAAACAUGGAACACUUCAACAAGGCUUUCGAUACUAGGCCUAAUCAUAUACUUUAUCACAGCCACAUUGUCAAGGAGGACUUGAAGCAGGGACAUGAAAUUGAUUCAGAUCAAGGAGAGAUGAUUCAAUCAUCUGUUAAACCUGUCAAGCCCCAGAUAAAGUUUCCCGAGUAUAAUCAAGCGCAGAAAGAUCAUAUAUAUAUGCAUUUUUUGUAUUGUUAACUAGCUUAGAAUAGACACCUAAGAAUGCUUCAUUUUAGUCUUGUUUAAACUGUGUCCAUAAUGGUAUCUGUUGAAAGCUAGUGAGAAUUGCCAAUGGAAAAUAUUUUUCACAGGGGCAGCCCAGUACAUGAACCUCGCGCCACUAUAGGGUCUGGAAAGGGUCAGAUAUAAGCAGUUUUGCCCCUGUAUGCGAAGAGGCGGUUAAGAUUGUUGCUUUUGAUAUUCAUUGUAGUUUAAAAAAUGAUGUUUGUAGAGAUUUAACGAGAAAAUAUCAGAAAAAAGUUUUGAGGCAACAAUACGAUUUCAU